GAUGAACUAACGAUUAACAGAUACGAAUACGUCAAAAACUUCGAGCAACCCGACCACCUCAUCCCCAACACCUGGAUCGUAGUCCGCAUCGACGGCCGUGGUUUCCAUAAGUACUUUAAGCCUCAAAUCCCCCAGGGUGGCGAAAAAUAGGUUCACGUUUGAUGCGAUGUUGAUUCGGGAUGUAGGUUUUCAGCAAAAUACAACUUCAAAAAACCAAAUGAUCGUCGAGCACUAGAUCUCAUGAACGCAGCUGCCAAGGCAGUCUUGGUGGAUCUAUCAGAUAUCAUCAUUGGGUAUGGGAUCAGCGAUGAGUAUAGGUAUCUUCCUCCCUGUUUUCUUCCGUUCCGUAUCUCUCUAACCCAUCCUACUAUUACUGAUCCGCCCAGUUUCGUAUUCCACAAAUCCUGUGCAUUAUUUGAACGGAGAGCAAGGUAUGUUACCCCUCCAAUUACCCCGCCAUUCAAGCUCAGAUGGAUGUUAAGAGGAAAAUACUUAGUAAACUUGUGACAACCAUUGUUUCUACCUUCACAGCACAUUACAUUCAUCAAUGGGGGAACUUCUUCCCGGAUCAGCCCCUGACGGUUCCCUUACCGGGGUUUGAUGGGAGGGCUGUGGUGUAUCCUUCGGUGAAGAAUUUGAGAGAUUAUAUGAGUUGGAGACAGGUCGAUUGUGAGUCACCCUUCUCUCCUGAUACUCUGAAAGUUAUGUCGGAAUUGAAAAAGGGACUAAUUCGUAAAAGGCCAUAUAAAUAAUCUUUACAAUACGACCUUUUGGGCCUUAAUCCAGCAGGGUGGGUUAGAUGCUAAGGAUGCGGAGAAGGAGCUUGCUGUAAGUUUUGAUGUCAAACGAUGAUCUGUGGGUUUCUACUGAUAUAAUGCGGCUAGGGCUCUUUGGCUGCGGACAAGAAUGAGAUUUUGUGGAAGAGGUUUAAGAUUAACUAUAAUAAUGAGCCUGAAAUCUACAAGAAAGGAAGUGUGGUUCUUCGAGAUGUAUGAUUCAUCCCUCGUAUCUUUUCUGGUUCACCCCAUUGCUAACAAUACCAGUACGAACUCGUGGAACCAGGUGCAGCCCCCGAAAUUCAGGAAGAGGCUCUCGCAAAAGGAGCAGAACAAGUCGCACUAUCCAAGACCCAAGAGGAAAAGGAUCGAAAGAGAAGGGCCAAGGCAAGAAUUGCAGUGCAACAUGUGGAUAUCAUCAAGGAUGAAUUCUGGCAGCGUAGACCUUGGCUACUAUCAAACAAGCCAGGAAAGAUACCAAAGGAACCAUGAGAUGGAAUUGAUUCUAAUUCUCUCUCUCCAUCAGCGAACGCUUCAUUCUCAGCAAGCAAGCAAAAUAUGUUAACAGGAUCUAUGUGAUCUAUUCCUCAACGCCAUGCCCAAAACCACGAAAAUCUAACAUGAGUGCGCUUGUGUAUUAUGAGUCCUUCCGACGCUUCUUCUUCUUCGCUUUUUCGGACAGGGUGAUGUAGUUCUUUUCAGCUUCUUUGGCUAGUUUUUUCAGUCGUCUUCGUUCUUUGCGCUCUUCUUUCGUUUCGGUUUUCGCUGUGGAUUCUUUAACUUCGUCCUCGGAUUUCGAGAUCCUUUGAGCCUUCUUUUUUACUUUCUCCUGCUUAGCAGCCG